GCUUAAGAAGAAGCUCAGAACAAACUACAGGAGACACUGGGGGAGAGAGAACUUCCAAUGACGAAACAAGGUUGCGAGAUAGAUGCAAUAGGCAUCGACUACAAGAUCUUCACCCACAAAAGAAGUUUCAGAUACCCAUUUAAGAUCUCCGGUAGCAGAAAACAAGAAGAACAGCCCGAAACUGCCGGAGCCAGACCGGAGUUCCGGCACGUCCUCAAGGACGUAACUUGUAGAGCCAAACCAAGGGAGAUCCUCGCCAUCGUAGGCCCGAGCGGUGCCGGCAAAUCGACCCUUCUAGAAGUCCUCGUCGGACAUCUUACUCCUCAAACUGCUUCCAUCCUUAUCAACCAAGAACCCAUGGACAACGCCCGGUUCAAGAAAAUCUCCGGCUACGUCACUCAAGCUGACACUCUCUUUCCUCUCCUCACUGUCGAAGAAACACUCAUGUUCAGUGCUAAGCUCAGUCUCAGGCUCGAACCAGCCGAGUUAACCUCCCGGGUCAAGUCCUUGAUGAACGAGCUCGGCUUGACCCAUGUUGCAUCAACCCGGAUCGGAGACACCCGGGUUCGUGGCAUCUCUGGAGGCGAGAGGCGGCGUGUAUCGAUCGGCGUCGACGUGAUCCACGAACCUAAGGUGUUGAUUCUAGACGAACCGACGUCAGGGCUUGACAGCACCUCAGCGUUGCAAAUCAUAGAUAUGUUGAAAAUCAUGGCCGAGACACGCGGUCGGACCAUAAUCCUGAGCAUCCAUCAACCCGGGUUCAGGAUCGUGAAGCUCUUCAACUCCAUCCUCUUAAUGGCGGACGGCGCCGUUUUACAUCACGGCACCAUCGAACAGCUUAGCCUGCAUUUGCUCUCCAUGGGUCUUCAGCUUCCUCUUCAGGUUAACGUCGUUGAGUUUGCCAUCGACGCCGUUGAAAUAAUCCAACUGUCAAAGCAACUGCCACAACUGUCACAGCAACCGCCGCGAAAUCGGAGUGGAAAGUCUACGCUGCGGCAGCUCUUCCAACAGAAGGUGGCGGAUGAAGAAACCACCACCACCACCACCGCCGCAGCUAAUGGUUGUUUCGCUAAUUCAAGAGUAAAAGAGACCAUUAUGCUCACGCACAGGUUCUCUAAGAAUGUGUAUCGAACGAAGGAGCUCUUCGCUUGCAGAACGGUUCAGAUGCUGAUCGCAGGGCUAGUCUUAGGCUCCAUCUUUCAUGAUCUGAAAGACGAUCUCUCAGGUGCAGAAGAGAGGGUUGGUCUAUUUGCUUUCUUAUUGACAUUCCUGCUGUCGUGUAGCACGGAAGCUCUUCCCAUCUUUCUUCAAGAGAGAGAGAUUUUCAUGAAGGAGACCUCAUGUGGGAGCUACAGGGUCUCAUCUUAUGUGAUAGCUAAUGGUCUAGUUUUUCUGCCAUUUCUACUCAUCUUAGCCUUCUUGUUCUCUGCUCCUCUGUACUGGCUUGUGGGUCUAAACCGGAGCUUCACGGCUUUCCUGUAUUUUCUGCUAUUAAUCUGGUUGGUUCUUUACACGGCGAACUCGGUUGUGAUGUGUUGCAGUGCUCUGGUGCCGAAUUUCAUAGUUGGAAACUCGGUGAUUGCAGGGGUAAUGGGGUCUUUCUUUCUGUUUUCUGGGUAUUUCAUAUCGAAGAGUGGGAUGCCAAAAUAUUGGGUUUUUGUGCAUUAUAUAUCGCUGUUUAAAUAUCCUUUUGAAGGGUUUCUGAUAAAUGAGUUCUCUGGGAAGGGGAAGUGCUUUGAAUAUAUGUUUGGUGAGUGUGUGGUGAGUGCAGAACAUGUCAUGAGGGAAGAAGGAUAUCGGAAGCAGAGUAGAUGGAUGAAUGUGUUGAUCAUGGUUUGCUUCAUCUUGGUUUACAGAUUCAUCUCCUAUGUCGUCCUUAGGUAUAGUUGCUCUCGCAGAUCUCUCAAGGGAAGCCUUACUUGAAUCAAUUAUGUGGCAUCUCUCUCUCUCUCUCUCUCAUAUGCUUGAAAUUUUCCAGAAAGGGGAAAAAAAGA